CUACUUCGUACCUUUCACUGAUCAGUCGCUUUCACUCUCCUUGUCUGCCGUCGCUCACUCACCUCUCCUUUCUGUCAGUGACGAACCUGUGACAAGUGGUUCUCAGUGGGCCCCUACCGCUGCCCAUCACACGAGCAAACCUCAUAGCCGACACAAGAUGAAGGGCAAGAAGAAAGCAACUGGAAACAGUGACUCGGUUCCACCACCGGAGGUGCUUGGAUUGGUUGGUUCAUUCUUCACACAAUAUGGAUUGGAGUCUACGAACAAGGCUUUUGCGAAAGAGCUGAAACGUCUACAACAGACAGCGGACUGGCCUGCGGCGUCGGCUGCUGAGACUGUAGUUGAUCUACAGUCAGCGUUUUUGAAUUGGGUGGAGGAACAACAUGCGACCAAGAACGCGGCGGGGCAGAAGACACAACCUGCGGAGUCCACGUCUGAGAGCGACGACACUACAUCAGACUCGGAGAGCACUAGCGCCAGCAGUAGUAGCAGCAGCGACGAAGAGAGCGACGACAGUAGCAGUGUGAGCAGCGAAGUGGAUAGUAGCAGUGAUGAGACGUCCACAUCAGAAGAUCAGAUCAAGAGGAAAUCUACGCAAAAGCCACAGAAGAACAAAGCACAAAAGCGAGCCGCUUCUCCUUCAUCGUCAUCCUCUUCCUCUGAUAGUGAUGCUGAUGAUGAGGACGAGGAUGAGGCCACCAUUCAAGUCAAGUCUACAUCCAGCAAGAAGAAAUCAAAGACCCCGACCGAGCCAACUGAAGCUGUUGUGAAAAAGGAUCUCAAGCGAAAAGCCGAGUUGAGCUCUUCGGAGUCUUCGUCUUCCGCCUCCGUAUCUGAUUCCUCCGACGAUGACCGACCUGCGAAGCGAGCCAAAGUGACCACAAAAGCUGCUACUAAUAAUGCCUCUUCAAGUGAAACGUCUUCGUCAAGUUCAGCAGAGGAGUCCGAUGAAGAAGAGAACGCCGGUAAUUCGGGGAAAUUGACUAACGGGACGAAGCCAGUCUCGGUGCAGGAAGCAUCAUCUGAGUCAUCGGGAACUGUGAUGGGAGACAACAUGGACGUUGACAAACUACCUACCUCUGAAGACGCCUCAGAGAGGACGCCUAGAAGCACUGCGCCACUCACGAAGAGACAUACUGGUGCGAGGCCGACUCCGUUAGCACAGCUUUCCGCCCACGCUACAGCAGACAGCCAUAUCAGCAAUGCCUAUCAGAGCUAUGAUUACGCAGAACGCGCAUACCAAGAUCUAUCCGUGACUCGAGGCAAAGGUUUUACCAAGGAGAAGAACAAGAAGAAGCGUGGGAGCUACCGAGGUGGCGCCAUCGACAUCAGUGGCGGCAAAGGUUUCAAAUUCGAUGACUGAGUGUACGACUCUGCAGCAAAGAAGCAGAACCAAUGCUGGGAACGACGGCACAUGGAUGAUGGCGGAGGGCGUCGAUGCGCACAGAAUCAUCAGCAUCAAUCCUUUUAGUGAAGCAUGGAGUUGGGGUUCAUGGUAGCGAUGAAUUCAACGUCAAAAGAUGAGCGCGAUAGAUAAAAGACCCGGCACCUAGAUACGACGAAGAGAGAAAAGACUAGAGCUAGAUCUUCACAUUGUUCUAGAGUCACU